ACCACAAUCACAAAAAAAUAUACCCAUCGAAAUUCGAUUCAAAGACAUACAAUAAGGAAGACCAUGGACACAUUCUCCAACGUUGUCUUUCUAUUCUGCGUGGUGGUAUCAAUCGUCUUCGCCUCUGCUGAUGCUGCUUAUGGAGCUGCUAAGCUUCCGGACAUCCCUCACAAGAUGAAACAGAAGGAAAUUCCUAAAUCCAUUGAAGUUCAAGGCCUAAUAUAUUGUAAAUCCGGCCCAAAAUUCAUCCCACUUAAAGGAGCCACAGCAAGAAUAACUUGUUUGGCAAGAAACCAAAAGGGACUUGAAUUAGCACCAUUCUCCGUCUCAAGUUGCCCAGCUGAUGAUAAGGGUUACUUUUUAGCCAAACUGUCCCCUCCUUCGACGAAGUUCUUAAAGAAUGCUCAGUGGGAGCUCAAAGAGUGCAAGGCCUUCCUGGAGAGCUCGCCAUUGAAGGACUGCAAGGGUUGUGAGCAUGAGGUUGCUGAAGCUAAGAAAGGUUCUUCAAAUGAACUCAGAAGUGAGUACCUUUUGUGCUUAUCAUGGGUUCUUGUGAUAUAG